CUUCUCCGUGGACACUUUUCUCUCCGCGCUGUCCGUCGAAGAAAAUAAAACCACGAAGCUGCGGGAAAGUUCCCGAAACUCGUGUAAAGUUUGGAUCGGAGGAGUCGCUUUUUGUCUCUGAGGUGAAGAGCUGAAGUCAGUAUGGCUGCUCAGACUGUGUUCUCGGUGGAGAUGUUUCCUGUGGGUGUGUCUCUGAUGGAGGAUGCUCAGAGUCUCAGCGACAUGCCCAGGAACACACUGCCCGCCCCUCAGCUGGUGAUGUUGGCCAACGUGGCAGCAGUAACGGCAGCAGAGAGCGGUGGCGGCGACGGCAGCGCGGCCGACGAGAAGGAGAUGAUGGAGCUGAAGACGGUGGGAAGCAGCUACUCAGACAGCGAGGACGAGAGCAUCAUCAGGUACAGCUAUGACAACCAGAACCACAGGGAGGUGUGUAUCAUCGAGUAUCCAGAGUCUCCAGGUGUGAGCAUCGAGGCCGUGGUUGUGGGGAACGAGGUGGAGGAGGAGGAGGAGGAGGAGGAGGGCAGGGUCAAAGCUGAAGACCUGUCCCGCCGCCCUCAGCCCUGCCCCCCCGCCUCCACUAAAACGCCUCAGAAGGACGCUAAAUGUAAAGACGGCCCUAUUGUUGCGGUGACUGAGAGCGUGAAGAAGAAGAAGCCGUUCCACUGUAAGCCGUGUCACUUCCAGGCGCAGAACGAGCAGGAGUUCGUGGAACACCUGAGCUCCCACAGCGUCAGCAAGAUGAUGGUGGUGAACCGGGUGGAGGGGCGGAGCAAGACCAAGACCAAGGAGGCAGAGACACCUGAGGCCCGCGCUCCGUCAGGAGGGGAGGUGGACGGCAGCGGGGAGGCGGGAGCCAUGGCGACGGCAGGUGACAUCAAAGGGCUGAUCAGGUGUGAGCGGUGUGGAUACAACACCAACAGAUACGAUCAUUACAUCGCUCACCUGAAGCACCACAGCAAGGAGGGGGAGGACCACAGGGUGUUUAAGUGCACUCUGUGUCCGUACACCACCGUCAGUCAGUACCACUGGAGGAAACACCUGAGGAACCAUUUCCCCAGCAAACUGCACACCUGCAGCCAGUGCUCCUACUUCUCCGACCGCAAGAGCAACUACAUCCAGCACAUCAGGACCCACACAGGUGUGCGUCCUUUCCAGUGUCCAUACUGCGACUACUCCAGCUCACAGAAGACUCACCUGACCCGACACAUGAGGACUCACUCAGGUGAGCGUCCCUUCAAGUGUGAGAGCUGUAACUACCUGGCAGCCAAUCAGCACGAGGUGACCCGCCACGCACGGCAGGUCCACAACGGCCCCAAACCUUUGUCCUGCCCCUACUGCGACUACAAGACUGCUGACCGCAGCAACUUCAAGAAGCACGUCGAACUCCACCUCAACCCUCGCCAGUUCCUCUGUCCGCUCUGCAAGUAUGCCGCCUCCAAGAAGUGCAACCUGCAGUACCACAUCAAGUCCAGGCACUCGGGGUGCAACGUCUCCGUGGACGUCUCCAAAGUCAAACUGCGUGUCAAGAAACCCAGUGCUGAUGGUGCGGACGAAAGCCCAGACUCCAGAACAAACAAGUUUGACAAUUCAUCCAGCGUCGAGGAGGACUUCGACAUGGGAGACAGGGAGGAGGACGAGGCUGUGGACUCGAGCCCAAUCAAUCUGUCGAUCAGAAAAAGCAGCCGGCCCAGCAUCGCACAACCUGUGCAGAGUGAAACACCGGACAAGGCUCAGAGGAAGUCCACCAUUACCUCUGAGAGCGAGAAACCAACAAAGGUGAAGGACAAGGCAGAACCAGAGAAAAAGGUCACGACGAGGCAGAAGAAGACAGAGAAGGUCCACGAGAACCCUGCAGAGAACACAACAGUUAAAGAAACCCAGACUGAGACGAUAACAGCUGCUGUAACUACAGACAGCAAGGUGAAGAGACGAGUGAAGAAGCUGCCAGCAGAGAAACUGACUGUCCAGGACCAAGCAGAUGUACCUGAAGCACAAAAAGACCAAGUGAAGACAGAGAGGUCUGGACAACAAAGAUCCAAGGAUGAAAGAAUAGUGAGGCAAAAAGUGGCUAAAGAGGAAGAAAAGAUGAAGCUAGAGAAAGAUAAAGAAGAUCAGAAGAACGAUGGCAGUGGAAAGGAGAACAAAAGCCUCAACAAGCCCAGGAAGUCUGGAUCAAAGAAGUCAGAGAAAGUUACAGGAAACGUUGAAGAAGCUCAACAGAAACCAGAAAGUCCUGAGAAGAAUCGCAAGGAAAAGGUGGUCAAAGAAAAGGUGGCAAAGAGGAAAGCAGUGGAGGCUCUGGAUCUUUCUAAAAAGUGCUCGUCUGAGACGCUGUCCAAGACCAGACGACUGAAAGCCACAGAGAAGCUACAGUCAAAACCUGCUGCAGAAGACUCCAACAAGUCCAAGGAUGCCACACCAACGCAGCACAAGUCCAACGGAACUACACCAGUGAAGAAGACCAGGAACUCCAGCAAGAAGGCUGCAGGCCUUCAACCAGCUGUGGAUCCAGCUAAAGAUGAGACGUCUGUCAGUCCGUCCACAGAGACUCCGUCUCCUCAGCUGGACGACUCAAAGCGAACCACAAACCACAGCCUUGCACACACCAAACCCCCCCGAGGUGAAACAACUCCAGUGGUAGAAAAGACUCUGAACGAACAUUCAGAGAAGAUGGAGGUAACACCCACCUGCAGCUUAGGUGGGGACACACCCUCUCCAGCUGAAGACCGACCUGCUCCCACCUUCCUUAAACCCACAUCGCCACCUUCUCUGGUGCUUUCGAGCCAGCGGAUCAAACCGGCCGACCCGGAGGACGACGAAGGAAUCCACAGCAGUCACGAGGGGGGAAGUGACAUCAGCGACAGUGCCUCUGAGGGCAGCGAUGACUCCGGUCUCAAUGGCAACGGUGCCGGGUCUGGUAACCUGCCAAAUGACCCAGAAACGCCCACCUAUGAGAUCCCGACACCAACGGAGCUCAAGAGUCACAUGUGCAUCUUCUGUGACCGCACGUUCCCUCUGGAGGUGGAGUAUCGCCGGCACCUGAACCGCCACCUCGUCAACGUCUACUACAUGGACACCAGCAAAGGACAGAAAUGAGGAUCUGUUUCCACGGCAAUGUUUUGAAACUGUGACUAAUGCCACUCUGAUGAAUGAAAACAGAAAAGACAGUUUACCGUGUCCUCAUGAAUAUUAACACACUAACUGAACCUGUUUCUACAGAAGGUCAUAAACACUCAGAUCUGACCAUCAGCUGGUGUCUCUUAUUUCUGUCAACAUCAGUUAACGUUUGUAUUGUUUAAUGCCACGAGUUGAUCUGAUUUUCUAAAUGACUCUAAAUGCAGCACAGAGACCCUCAGUGUGGUCCAGGUCCAGGUCACCAAAUACAGAGUCCAGAUCGGGUCAAUGUGGCGUCAGGAUGACACUGUCCAGUAUUAUCACAGUGAACAACAGCAGGUGGCGCUGUCACACUUCUGAACAUUAGAUUACUUUUGUACCAAACCUGUGAUGAAGUCUUGUCCUGACACCCGGUCUGGUGUGCUACUUGGAUCUGAAACGUUCUCAACAACUUUCCAACUAACUUUACAUUAAACAUGAGAAUACUUUGUUUUCUACGUCUGAGAGAACUGGGUUUGGAUCAGUGAACUUGGGUCUGGGGUUGUGUUGGGUUCUUGGACCCUGUUAUACCUGCUUCAUUUAGUGACAGGUCUCUAAGGUCUAAUGUCCAGGUCUUCAUUGUUAUGUUGAACCAGACCUGAGGGUCUGACCCGAGGUCCAGACCUGAGAUCGUCUUCUCUGUAAACAUGUAAACAAUGUUUUUAUCGUGUGUCUCGUUGACUUUGUUAUUAACUGUUUUUCUUUGGAUAAAUUUCUAAAAGUUAAUUUUUUUAAAUCACUUUAUUGAUGAUGUCAUGACGUUAACGAGGUGUAUUAACGGUGAUGUCACUCUAACAUCGACCUGCUCUGUUACAAACUGUGUUGUGAUGACGAUGUGACGUCAGAACAGCUGUUUGUCCAAAUAUUGUUUCUGAGCUGAACGUUGAUUUUUCUGUUUAAACCUUCAGUGCCUUUGACAAUCAGUCGUUUCUGUGACACUCGUUCUCCUGCCUGAAGUUGGUCUGACAUGGAGAACAUGUUUGUUGGAUCACAGCUCCUUCACCAGAGGUUUCCCCUCUCCACUGUACGUUCUUCUUAGAACCAUAUGAGAACAGAUUUAGUUAAACUGAGGCUGUAGCUGAAGAAAAAGAUUAAAUGCAACUUGUUUCCUUGUAAAUAAUUUUGUGCAAUAUUCCUGUUUAGUUGAGAAGCCAAAGUGAAUUUCGGUGUCUGUGUAGUUUUCUUAUUUCUCGUCUCCUAUGAUGUUUCCUCUGAUGUUUCCUCAGAUGAUUCCUACGAUGGUUCCUCUGAUGAUUCCUCAGAUGUUUUCAAGUGACAUGAAGUCAGGAAGAUGAAAGUAAAAAUUCUAGCAGCUAAAACUGAGAAACAAACCAGAGAUCGACCAAAUCUGAACUUCAGAUUCACUGAGUUUGUAUAUUUUUUCUAUCAGCAGCUGUUUGUUUUCUUCUUCUGACGUCACUGACCUGAUGACACAGACUGAGGUUCACAUCAUUAGAACGGUCUCAUGUAUUGUCACCUGUCUGCAGGUAGAGGGCGCUCUUCUACAACUAACAUUAAAAAUUAACUGUAUCAUAACUGCUCUUUUUUUAAUAAAGACUUUCACAAUCAA